GAAUGGCCCUUGCCCAGUCAGAAUCAAUUUCGAGCUAAUUUUCGAAGAAAUGGAUGAUCAAGAGGCAGUUUUCAAAGAAGUGUUUGGCGACUCAUCGGACAGCGAAGGGUACGAACAACAACAAUCGCCUCGAUUGGAAGAACAUGAUGAAAUGCACGAAGAUCGACCUACCCCAACAACUUUCGAUCAAAACACCAACUGGGAACAAAUCAAAGAGAUCAGAGGGCUGUGGUUGUGCAGGGAUUUUCUCUCGGCUGGACAACAGUCUUCCGUGCUCUUCUCCAUUGAAAACGAAGGAUGGUUCACUGAAGCCUCUCAUAACCAGGCUAUGAGGUUUGGAAAUCUUCCGGCAUGGGCAAGUGAGAUUUCAGAUUCUAUCCGUGAGUUGGUGCUUUUAAAUGAUCCUGGUCUUGAUCCUAUGAACUUGGGAACUUAUUAUGGGGCUGAAGAAGAAUGUGCAUUUCCAUCAGAUUUACUUUGGAGGGAGCCUCUCUUUGACCAGCUCAUUGUAAAUGCAUACCAGCCAGGUGAGGGGAUCUGUGCACAUGUAGACCUUAUGCGCUUUGAAGAUGGUAUUGCCAUUGUCUCCUUGGAGUCAUCAUGUGUGAUGCAUUUCACCAAAGUUGGAGAAGCUUAUUGUGAUGCUGCAAAUGGGGGAAAGCCGCAUCCACCCGCGACAAAGAUUCCGGUUUAUCUGACCCCUGGAUCGCUAGUUCUUAUAUCAGGAGAAGCUCGCUACAGUUGGAAGCACGAAAUCAACCGGAAGCCAGGGAUUCAAAUAUGGGAAGGGCAGGAACUAAAUCAGAGAAGGAGAAUCUCGGUAACACUAAGGAAGCUCUGCAGGGUUGAUUAGCAUAUUAACCAUCACAUUUUGAGUUGCAGGAUACAUUCGUUUUAUUGUUUUUGAUUGAGCCCUCGUUCUUCUUGAUCUUAGGGCUUGUACUUCAUAUGGGGUGACUAGAGGAUAAUGCUCGAUUGAGAACGUCAAUAAGAGUGCACCCAUAAGUCUUAGUUACAGAAAAUUAGCUUGUGUUGUAUCUCUUUUCCUUUUUGUAGGAUUUCUGAAGCUUUUUGUGUCUCGAAAGAAAAAAGAAUAAAGGACGUUUGGCACCUUAUGUUUAA